CCUAAAACCAUCGAUCAGGGUUUCUUAUUCCUCCCUCCGUCUUCAACCACCUUCCUGCAAGUCUACUGCAAUGGCUGGAGAAGCGGGAAUGUUUACGGUACACCAAACCGUAGGUACUGUUUUAUGUUGCAAAUGUGGCAUUUUGAUGGCCCCGAAUGCUGCCAAUAUGUGUGUUAAAUGUCUACGUUCUGAAAUAGACAUUACAGAGGGUUUACAGAAGCAUGUCAUCAUCAUUCACUGCCCAGAAUGUGAUUGCUACUUGCAGCCACCAAGAACUUGGCUUAAAGCGCAGGUAGAAUCUAAAGAACUCUUAACUUUCUGCGUUAAGAGAUUAAAGAAUCUGAAUAAAGUUAGGUUGAUUCACGCCGAAUUCAUUUGGACUGAACCCCAUUCCAAGAGGAUUAAAGUCAAACUUAGAGUUCAAAAAGAGGUUCUCAAUGGAGCUGUUCUUGAGCAAGCCUUUUUAGUUGAGUAUGUUGUUCAGGAUCAAAUGUGCGAGUCCUGUUCUAAAGUCCAAGCUAAUCCCGAUCAGUGGGUGGCAGCCGUGCAGCUAAGGCAACAUGUUUCUCACAGACGGACGUUCUUUUAUUUGGAGCAACUUAUCCUAAAACAUGAUGCUGCUGUCAGAGCCAUCAGAAUCAGACAAAUGGAUCGUGGGAUCGAUUUCUUUUUUUCCAACCGUAGUCAUGCAGUUAAGUUUGUGGAAUUCGUGCAGAAAGUUGUUCCAAUUAAGAGCCGCAGCGACAAGCAACUCGUGUCCCAGGAUUCAAAAAGCAACAGCUACAACUACAAGUACACAUUUUCCGUCGAAAUCUGUCCAAUUUGUCGUGAAGAUUUGAUUUGUCUCCCGCCAAAACUCGCUGCCAGUCUCGGAAACCUCGGCCCAAUCGUCAUCUGCACAAAAAUCAGCAACGUUAUCGCUUUACUUGAUCCACUUACACUCCGCCACUGUUUUCUUGAUGCGGACCAAUACUGGCGGACGUCGUUUACUUCCCUUCUUUCCUCUAAACAACUUGUGGAAUACGUUGUCUUGGAUGUCGAUCCCAUUUCAUCGGAGGUCAAUGUUGGUGGUUCAAAGUAUGUCUUGGCUGAUGUCCAGGUGGCUCGUGUUUCUGAUUUUGGGAAAAACGAUACCAUGUUUUUCGUAAGGACUCAUUUGGGACAUCUUCUAAAUGCCGGUGAUUAUGCUCUUGGUUAUGAUAUGCAUGCUGCUAACAGCAAUGAUAUGGAGCUGGAUACGUAUAAAGGUCUCGUGAUCCCAGAAGUGAUCUUGAUCAAGAAAAGUUACGAGGAAAAGAGACAAAAGAAACGCGGAAAGCCGCGUUCUUGGAAGCUUAAAUCGCUUAAUAUGGAGGUUGAUGCUAGCGAAACCAGGGGUAGAGCGGACGAAGAAAAAAGGAACGCGGAUUAUGAACAGUUUAUUAGAGAUCUUGAAGAGAAUCCGGAGUUGAGGUUUAAUAUAUCGUUGUAUCGAAAUAAGGAAUAUCAGCCGUCGGAAAUGGCGUCGGUGACUGAUGGCGAGGAGGAUGCGCCUUCGGUGCCACUGGAAGAGCUGCUUGCGGAUCUUGAAAUACAAGGCGAAGCGGAAGAAGAUGAAGGUAUGAAGGAGUAAUUGGAUUUUGGUAUGAAUCUAAAUCCUCUUUUUGGAGUUUUCUUGCAUUUGAUGUUCAUUUCGGUGGUUAUUAUGAUGAUUAAAGUUUUGCUGAGUUUUGAGAUCAUAUUUUGAAUUUUACACAAUUAAAAUACAUGUUUCCGAGUUACGUUAUGCCGUGUUAUGGCUUGUUUCUUAGCAACUUAACGAGUUUAAUAGGUUAUUCGGUCA